AUGCGCAGUCUCUAUGCUCUGCCGACAGACUCAAGUCUGGAUAACUGCCAUCUAACGUUUAGUAACAGAAAGGAUGGCUUUAAAAGCAGAAAGCCACAUAUUGCAUUCAGUUUUCCACAGAAACCUAAUGUGAAAGGAAGGUCAGCUAAUCACGAUAGUGACUUCAAAGCCGGAAAACUUGAUCAGUCGAGGACGAAUAACCGAGGAACAGUGAUGAAGACGCUUGUCAUAAUUGCUCUCAUUGUCCUUAUUUCCGAUGUAGCGGCGUAUGGGACACCUCCCAAUUAUCAAAUUGGACUUACAUAUCCUAGUGGUUAUGUAGUUUAUGAUGACCAUGAUAAUCAGGUUCGCACACUCGGUCGUGUCCGCCGCCGUGGCUGCUUUAGUUGCCCAAACCAACCCAUGGGCAGCAAACGCAAACGUAGUUGGCUGCAGCGGGAAUUGGAAGCAGAAGAGUAGCUGACCAUGAAGUUUAACUUGGGAGCAGAAAUAAAUUAAUCAUCACUUGGUUUGAUAGUUAGUUUGUUAGACGGGUAACAUGAUAAAAAGACUGUAAACUGAAUGGAAAUACACUGGUGGGUGUAAAAAAACACACACACAUAAAACUCUGA